AUACGUACAUGUGUACAUACAUGCAUACACACAGACAGACAGACAGACAGACAGACGUAGUUAGAAUGAGCCUCUAUAUUGCACAACCCAGUUAGCUGGUCAGGCUUUAAUAGCAGUGCUAUCCACGCAGCUUAUGAGCUAAUGAUGUGUUUCACAUGUAACAUCUGUGUUGGCUCAGUUAUUAGGAACAACAGCUGUUGGAGUAGUUCAUGAAAAUGUACAGCAUGUUUCUCUGCAAUGUGAAGAAGUGAAAGAAGUAUUUAAAGUUUCAGAAAUGGGAUUAUCAAAGUGCCAGUACUACCACUGUAAUGACAACAUGAUGCACUCCAAUGAGAGUUUUAGGGACAUGCUUCAGCACACUGUGAUGCUGAGAAGACACAGAAUUAAAGGACAAAAGAACGAAUAUAUGAUUGCAAAGUGAUUUAUCUGGUUGUUUUGACCUCCUGUUGUUUUACAGAGCAGGGCUGAGCCAUGGCCAGUGUUGAGGUCCGGAGGUAUCGGGAUGACGACGCCGAGGCCGUGAAGGAGAUCUUCACCAUGGGGAUGAGCGAGCACAUCCCUUCGUCCUUCAUGCACAUCCUGAAACAGCCGCCGACCCAAAUGGUGCUCAUGUGCGUGUUCUGCGCUCUCAUGACCAGCUCCAAGUCCUUCCUGUUCCCCAUCCUCGCCGUCACCCUCCUCCUGGCCGGUGCCAGGCAGUUUGUCGUCUACAUUUUCAACAAAUACAUCGACACCUCCCUCAAGCAGGACCUCAAAGACAUCAGUGAGACCUACAUGCAGAAGGACUCGUGCUUCUGGGUGGCUGAAGUUGACGGUCGGGUGGUGGGCAUGGUGGCUUGCCUUCCUAAUGACAAUGCGCCUGCAUGCUUGGAGUUGAAGCGCAUGUCUGUCCACCGCAGUCACCGCGGGAUGGGCGUCGCUAAGGCUCUGUGUCGAACAGUAGCUGACUUUACCCAUGACAGAGGUUACGCAGCAGUCGUCUUGCACACCUCUGUGGUGCAAACGGACGCUCAGAAGCUGUACGAGCACAUGGGCUACGAGAAGACAAGAGAGUUCGUGCUUCCGGAGCUGGCGGCCAAAAUCACAAACUUCACUCUGUUUGAAUACAGACUCGAUCUACACAAAGAUGGGAAAAGUGACUGAGUGGUCUAACAUGUCACGGCGACAGUGCUGUCCAUUCAUCCAGUGUCUAUGCUUAUGCUUUCCCAGCAUGCAUUGCUCUAACCCUAACCACACACUCGGGUCAGGCGACAGUAUCCACAUGAGGAACUGUUUACUACACACAGUAGAAAGGUUUGGCUUGUUUUCUCUUCUUACACACACACACACACACACACACACACACACUCUGAUCAUUUUCAUUGUUCUUAGUUGAUAUAUAACUGACAGUCUUGCUUCUUCAAAGUGCUUUGAUUAUUUCAUUUUGUCAAUGAUUUCCUUUCUGAAUGACAUUAAAAUAAACCGAUGGAUCUACGAUGCUCCUACCGUUUCUUUUGUGUAACAUUAAGAACUUCUAUCGACCAUGUACUGAGGUAUCAAAGUAUUACCCUCUGUGUGUUAUUUCUACUUCACCUUUCUCUGCUAAUGAGCUGUGUUCUAUCUCUAGAGAGCAAUCUCACCAGUUGUCAGAUUUGUUCAUAGCA